GACUGCGCCAUGGGGGACGAAGCCCCCGGGACCGCACCGGCGCUGCCGGAGCUGCUGCGCGAGGCUGACACCAGCCUGCUUGAGUGCAAGGUGUGCUUUGAGAGGUUCGGCCACCGCCAGCAGCGACGCCCGCGCAACCUGCCCUGCGGCCACGUGGUCUGUUUGGCUUGCGUGGCCGCUCUGGCACAUCCGCGGACGCUGGCCCUCGAGUGUCCCUUCUGCCGGCGAGCCUGCCGGGCCUGCGACACCAGUGACUGUCUGCCGGUGCUGCACCUCCUGGAGCUCCUGGGCUCCACCGUUCACCAGUCCCCGGCUGCGCCCUGCGCCGCCCCUUGCGCCCCCAGGGCCCUCACCUGCCACCACGCGUUUGGCGGGUGGGGGACCCUGGUCAACCCCACGGGGCUGGCACUGUGUCCCAAGACAGGACGGGUUGUGGUGGUGCACGAUGGUAAGAGGCGGGUGAAGAUCUUUGACUCCGGGGGAGGAUGUGCGCAUCAGUUUGGAGAGAAGGGGGAUGCUGCCCAGGACGUUAGGUACCCACUGGACGUCACCGUCACCAACGACUGCCAUGUGAUUGUCACCGAUGCCGGCGACCGCUCCAUCAAAGUGUUUAAUUUUUUUGGCCAGAUCAAGCUCGUCAUUGGAGGCCAGUUCUCCUUGCCUUGGGGUGUGGAGACCACGCCUCAGAAUGGGCUCCUGGUAACUGAUGCAGACACAGGGUCCCUGAACCUUCUGGAAGUCGAUUUCGCAGAAGGGGUUCUUCAGAGAACUGAAAGGUUGCAAGCUCACCUAUGCAAUCCCCGUGGGGUGGCCGUGUCUUGGCUCACGGGGGCCAUCGCAGUCCUAGAACACCCCUCAACAACACUGGCGACCGGGGCCAGCAGCACCAGGGUGAAGGUGUUUAGCUCCAGUAUGCAGCUGAUCAAUCAGGUGGAUACCUUUGGGUUGAGCCUCUUCUUUCCCUCCAGAAUAACUGCUUCAGCUGUGACCUUCGAUCAUCAGGGAAAUGUGAUUAUUGCAGAUACCGCUGGUGCAGCAAUCCUAUGCUUGGGAAAACCAGAGGAGCUUCCAGUAUUGAAGCCCAUCGUCACUCAUGGUCUUUCCCGUCCUGUGGCACUGACCUUCACCAAGGAGAAUUCUCUUCUUGUGCUGGAUACUGCAUCCCAUUCUAUAAAAGUCUAUAAAGUUGACUGGGGGUGAGAGGGUGUGGUGGGAUCCUGGGGCCUGGAGUCAGAAGUCCUGGUGCUGUCACUAGUGAGUCGUUUAACCCUGCAUAAGUCACUUAAUUCAUCCAUCCACAGACAUGGGUAAUGAUAACUCCCUGGCAGAAUUA